AAUAUAUAUUUAUUUUUUUGGCUUCCUAAAAUAAGAAAACAAAAAACAAAGAAGGGAGAAAUUCUCGCACAAGUUUCUCGUCCUUUCCAUCGUUUUCUCUCUUGACUCGGUCGACCACACCAACCAACCCCAAACUCUCUCUUGAAUCCAAUUCGCUUUACCAACAAGAGGAAGGAACCUGCUGCUGCUGCUGCCUUGUUUCAAAUCCAAUCGGAAACUGCUUCAGAGAUCUCGUUCAUUUCGCGGCUGAGGGUUCGGCUUUGGCUUCUCCCGGUUCUUCCUGGGUCUGAGAGAAAAAGGGUUUCGUUGAUUCCAACUAUUGCUUGAUUCAAUUCGAUCAACAAGUCUUCAUCUUUUUUAUCUCUUUCUUUAAUUUAGGUUUCGAAUUAUCUGGAAAACCCUAAGUCUCUACACAGAAAAGAAAAAAAAAAAACAAUUUAUUGAUUCAUUGAUUCAUGUGUGACCACCACCAAUUCGUUGUUAAUACGUCUCAUCUUAGCGUUUUCAGUUUCGUUUCCUUUUAGGGUUCGUUUUACUUUCUAAUCUCUAAACAAAAGGAAAGCUCAGAACUUUUUUUGGGUGACUAGUAUUUUUUUGUUGUCAUCUCAAACCAAAGAGUCCAGCUUCUUCCCUUUUCUUCUUAUUCUCUCUUUUAUCAUUCACAGAUCACAAAAAAUAAAAAAGAUAGCUUUUUUCGGAUCUGAUCUUGGGGUAUUCACUGUACAAAAGGGAUUUUUUUUAGGUUAAGUGUAUAUAUAUAGGUUAGGAGAUAUGGCGUUGAAUUUUUCACAGAGGAACUUUUCUCCCCAUUUAUCUGAGGAACCGAUGAAGAUAGCCAAUGGGUAUCUCGUUGAGGGAGUUUCCGAGAGGAAAGAUGAUGUUUUUUCCCAUCCUUGGUGUUCAAGUAUUGCUAAAGGUGAUUCAGCAGCUUCUUCUGUUGAUAUACUUGAUGUUCUGCCUUCUGAUCCCUUUGGCAUGGAUAUCAACAAUACUUUCACUGCCAUCACUGGAUGGCUUGAGGAUUUGGAGGUUGAUUAUGGGAGAGAUGAGAGUGGGGUUGGUGAUGGGAACCACCACCAGCAGCUCUUUGCUCGGUUGAGUUUCAUUUGGAACAAUGCAAUGCGGUUUCAGGAGUUCCCGGAGAGUAUUAAUGUGUAUGAUAAUGGGUGGGGGUCGUUGAACGGGUUUGGUGAUGGAUCUUGUCAUGGUGCCUUCGUGUCUGCUGGUAGUGUGGAUGAGGAUGGGAGGAAUGGUGGCGAAGUUGCAGAGAGCAGUGGUCGAUGCACCGAUGAUGGAGGAGAGAACGCAAACGUUGUUCAUCCGGCGUUUGGUUUUUGUCUUUAUCACUUGGGGGUGAAGGAUCUUCUUUCAGUUAGUAUGGUUUGCAAGUCGCUGAACACGACUGUCUGUGAUGACUCGCUGCUGUGGAGACAUAUCCACAUUUCUCAGCCGUUGAAUGAGAAGAUCACUGACGAGGCUCUUCUGCAGUUAACCGAGCGUGCUCAGGGCACUAUGCAGUGCUUGAGGCUCGUAGAUUGCUCGAGAAUUACAGAAGAUUGUCUUAAGCAGGUGUUGGAGCGCAACCCACAAGUAGUCAAGCUUGGUGUGCCUGGAUGCAUAAGGAUCACAAUCGAUGGUGUUUUGAGCAUCUUGAGAGAUCUGAAGUCUGCGGGAAAGCUUCAGGUGAAGCACUUGGAGAUCGGUGGCCUCUUUGGAGUCACUAAAGAUCACUAUGAUGAAUUGUUUGGUUUGUUAAACAUAGAAACUAAUGUGGAGCGGUCCAUACAGAAGCCACGUUUUUACCAUAGAGGAUACUCAUAUGUCUCCUGCGAUGAUAACGAGGGGAUAGAUAUUGAGAUGUGUCCGAAAUGUGAGAACUCGAGGCUUGUGUAUGACUGUCCAGCAGAAGAUUGUAAAGGGAAGGGGGAAUGUCGUGCUUGUUCUCUUUGCAUACAGAGGUGUUUUCAGUGUGGUCGGUGCAUCAAUGAUAGUGAGUAUGAGGAAACCUUUUGUCUGGAGUUUUUGUGCGCUGAUUGUUCGAGGCCGUCCCCUGAGUUACCUCUCUAGGUAGAAAAUUCAGUCUGAGCCGUUCUUUUCGUUCUGAAAUUGAAUGGCUCAGUUCUUCAUGGGUAAGGUGUAGGUGCCAUAGUAUCCUGUACAUAUAUUAGUAUGGCUUUAUUUGGUGUUUGGAGAAGUCAGAAAAAAAGGAAAAAAAAAAGAAUCAUUGAAUAGUUUAUGUGGGUGAAGACUACACAAGGAGUCUGUAAUGGGUGUAAUAUGCAUUGAUGGUAAUCCGCUUUUAGUUUGAGAAACAGAUUAUGAAGCUUAGGUGGUAUCCUGCUGUGUUGACUGAGAGUUGCAUGAUGGGUUAUUUGUUUUGAGAAAGUCAACGAGAAAAAGGAAAGGAAAGGAAAGACUGUGUAAAAGAAAAAUUCUGAGUGGUAGAGUAGUGUGUUUUGUAGCAGGCGGUGCGAUCUGUCAGCUGCUUUGGUAGUUGAGUUUGGAGGGUAAAGAAUAUGAGUUUUUAGCCAUCUGAAGCCAUCAGAGGAAACCAUAAUAUUGGUAAAAGAAUAGAUGGAGAUGUUUUGGUGGGAGUUAAGCAUGGAGACUAGAGACUACAUUAAACUCCACUCCAUGUUGAUCAAGGUGUGCCACUUUGGUGAAAUCUUGGAGAUGGACUUUUAACUAUCUAGGAACUUCUUUAUUAAAAUAAUUAUAUGUUAUAUCUUUUGUUGAAUAAUUGUCAUAAAAUAAAGAUUUCUCUUGGCUUUAGACUUCCAUUAAAAAUAAUAAAAAUAAAAGUUGUAACUUUGAA